AGUGGCAUAGACAAAACAUCUAUUCGUCAGUUUUCGGGCGAGGAGGCAGCGUAGUUUGGUGUUUUAUUGAGCGGCCUGCCAAAAGAAAACUGAAUCAUGGCUAAAACCCUUUCGGCUACCCAGGCAAAUAAAGAACAUGCUCUGGUCGUACAGCGCGACUUCAUAUCCCAGCCCCGUCUGACUUACAAGACGGUGUCAGGUGUAAACGGGCCGCUGGUCAUCUUGGAUGAGGUCAAAUUCCCCAAAUUCUCUGAGAUUGUACAACUCAGACUCGCAGAUGGCACCCUACGGUCUGGACAGGUUCUGGAAGUCAGCGGCUCCAAAGCCGUCGUCCAAGUGUUCGAAGGUACAUCAGGUAUCGACGCCAAGAACACUCUUUGCGAGUUCACCGGCGACAUCUUGCGUACACCCGUCUCUGAGGACAUGUUGGGUCGUGUAUUCAACGGAUCCGGCAAGCCCAUUGAUAAAGGUCCCCCAAUCCUGGCCGAGGACUUCUUGGAUAUCCAGGGUCAACCCAUCAACCCCUGGUCACGUAUCUACCCAGAGGAAAUGAUCCAGACUGGUAUUUCCGCCAUUGACGUAAUGAACUCCAUCGCUCGUGGUCAGAAGAUCCCCAUCUUCUCAGCCGCUGGUCUGCCUCACAACGAAAUUGCCGCUCAGAUCUGUAGACAAGCCGGUCUUGUCAAGGUUCCUGGCAAGUCAGUCCUAGAUGACCACGAAGACAACUUUGCCAUCGUGUUUGCUGCUAUGGGUGUGAACAUGGAAACAGCUCGUUUCUUCAAGCAGGACUUUGAAGAGAACGGUUCCAUGGAGAAUGUGUGCCUGUUCUUGAACCUCGCCAACGACCCCACCAUCGAGAGGAUCAUCACCCCUCGUCUGGCACUCACCGCUGCCGAGUUCCUGGCUUAUCAGUGCGAGAAACACGUGCUGGUAAUCCUGACAGACAUGUCUUCGUACGCUGAGGCUCUCCGUGAGGUGUCCGCUGCCCGUGAGGAAGUGCCCGGACGACGUGGUUUCCCAGGUUACAUGUACACGGAUUUGGCUACAAUCUACGAGCGCGCGGGACGUGUCGAAGGUCGCAACGGAUCCAUCACUCAGAUCCCCAUCUUAACUAUGCCUAACGACGACAUCACCCAUCCCAUUCCUGACUUGACGGGUUAUAUUACUGAGGGACAGAUUUACGUAGACCGUCAGCUCCACAACAGACAGAUCUACCCUCCAGUGAACGUAUUGCCUUCCUUGUCUCGUCUGAUGAAGUCCGCCAUCGGUGAGGGCAUGACCAGGAAGGACCACUCUGACGUCUCUAACCAACUGUACGCGUGCUACGCCAUCGGUAAGGACGUCCAAGCUAUGAAGGCUGUAGUGGGUGAGGAGGCUCUAACGCCAGACGAUCUGCUCUACCUCGAGUUCCUUACCAAGUUCGAGAAGAACUUCAUCACACAGAGCAACUACGAGAACCGUACCGUCUUCGAGUCUCUGGACAUUGGCUGGCAGUUACUCCGUAUCUUCCCCAAGGAGAUGCUCAAGCGUAUCCCAGCCUCCAUACUGGCUGAGUUCUACCCGAGAGACUCGCGCCACUAGCCUCCUCAUCUGACUCUCCCCGGACCGACAAAUUAGCCAUACGUACCCCUUGAAACAUUUAAGUAUUGCUCGGUCUUGCCAUACUUUGAAUUGUAAAUUUGAGCCUUGUUUUUAUAUAAUUUACAUACAAGCAGAUUCUUUUAUGGAAGUAUGGCAACACUAUUUAAUAUUUUAAGUAAUAUCAAUAUUUCUUUUCUUCAACACUAUGAUUUAAAGUUUUGAGUAAUGUCGAUAUUUCUUUUAUUUUUUUGUGGCUAAAUUAAAGUGUACAACGAUUUUAUUUAGCGGAGAUUAUAUUUAUAUAUUUUUUUGUUAUUUAUUACCUCUGCGAGUUAGCUUGUCGGAUCGCGGUACUUGUAAGAUAUUAUACUGUUUACUAGUAAGUUGUUAAUAGUUUAUUAAUAAUGUGUAUUACAUGUAUUACAAUCAAAUACAAAAUUAUAACAAUCGUGUUGCUUUAUUAGAGAGAAAUGUUUAAGGUACAGCCAUAUAACUAUCGCUACGUAAAGGGAAAUUUUGCCGUCUCGUGUAUAUAUUUUCUUCUAAAGUAGUAGAUUUUGCUGGACGAAACGAUAAAAAUAAAUAAAAAUAAAUGUAUUUUGUUAACCGCUGGUGCUUAACACACGAAUAUUUAUCUGUUUUCGUGCACAAAUUGUUGAAGUGUGUUCAUUGAUAUUUAAUCUAUAAAUUAUACAACAUCGCGAUGUGAUAUUUCUGAAAAUGGUAACAGUUUGUGACAGAAUGUUAUUUAUGUAAAUAGCAAUAAAUUCAUAUAGCCCCGUAACACAAUGUUGCAUUCCAUUCGAGUCCUCUGUUCACUCUAACUUAAAUUCUAUAUUCAAUAAAUAAGUGAAUUAGGACAAUGUUGUUUUAUGGAAAUAAAAAAUAUAGAAGUUUAA